AUUGUUUGACAUGUCAACAACAUAAAAGGUUGUCUGGAAGUGGGUGGAAUAGGAAAGAGUCUAAUUUCUCAACAAUAUCUCGAGUUUUAAACGUGUUUGACAUGUUGACAAGACGAUAGCUUCUCCGGAGGUGGAGAGAUCAUUGGGUGAAACGGGGUUUAUUCAACAUAAUUCUUACAAUCUCUCUUUCUUAAUUUUUCUUUGCCUGAUCCCAGCUAUAAUUCACGUGGCUCUUUUUAACUCACCGAGAUCCAAGCACAGACCAGCGGAAAUAGAAAAAGUUUGGCGAAAACGAGUACAGCAAAAACGAGUCAAAGUAUCACAUGGCCGGUCUUGGAAAAAGCUUCGUUGCCUCAAAACUAGUAAACCUUACCAAAUACUCACACAUGAUAUUAUUUGGCAUAAUAGUAGUUUCCAUUAAUAUCUAUUUUCUAAACUCAUAUUCAACGAUUGAAAAAACCAGAACAGUUAAUGAUGAGCAAAUAGCAAAACACAUUGGCCCAAGGAUUAGGCAUUUGGUUACGAACUCGUUUAACCGGAUAAAAAAGCCUGCAACGUUGGCAAAUCCACCGAAAGUUACAAGGCUUCUUUCCUCUGAGGCAAGGAAACUUCCGCUAGUAAACAGUUCAUGUACUAGAAGAGUUCAAGUAACGCAAGAUGGAGUAGUGGUCUUCAGGUCUAUUCUCAUUAAACCAAAGUUUGGACACGCCAGGGUUCUCGAGGCCCAUUUAGAAUUCCCUAGCGAAGAGGAUGAGUUUUUUGUCUUAGAUAAAGGUUUCUUCACACUUUAUUGCCGUGGGAAUAUUGUCGAGAUCGAAAGGCAGUUACUAUUUGCAGACAAGGACAACACCUUGAUGAAAUGGAAGGCGGCCAUGGACGUUGCAAGUCCUUCGCAAUAUUUGCAAAUUGGAGGGCGGCAAUCAUUUAAAGAUGGGCAUUACUUUGCGAUCCAAAGGAUUGAAUUUGCCAAUGUUUAUUGGACUAUCAUUGAUCUGUUGGAUAUUUUCAUCUCGUCACAAAGUUUGGGUAUACGACCUGAAAAUUUGAACAUCAUUCUCAUCGACGCUCAUCCAAAGUCCUCGCUGGACCCUUUCUGGACUGUGUUGUUCCAAAGGCUAAUAAAACUAAAUGAUAAACAUUUUUUUACAAACUCAAAUGGCGUUGUGUUCGAAAAUCUUAUUUGGAGAUAUUCACGCGAGAAGUGUCCUUUAUUAGACAUCAACCUAAAGUCUUCAAGACAUGUCCAACCAUUUAGGUCUUUUGUAUUAGGGCAGUUUGGAAUCUCAACGAGUAGACAUUUGCGAAAUUGUAGUCAGAAAAAGUUGAAUGUGUUAAUCAUCUUGAGGAGAGACUACAAGAGUCAUCCUCGGAAUUUGGCCGGAGUUAUAGACAGAAAAAUUGCCAAUGAGGCAGAAGUUUUACGAGAAAUUAAGACCAGCUUCAUUCAUGCAAACAUUACUGCUGCUCAGAUAGAUCUAUGGCCACUAAAAGCACAGUUGGAAACAAUUGCCAAUACAGACAUAUUAUUUGGAAUGCAUGGUGCGGCUCAUGCAUUCUCUAUUUUCAUGGAACCAGGCGGAGCAGUAGUAGAGAUGUUUAAUGAUGAUUUACAAUCAGCUAACUGGCACAUGAGGAAAAUAGCAACUCUUUCAGAUCAUUCCUACAUCAAUUGGGCAAACAGUAAUCGUAGAGCGGUAAAUAAAGUUACAAAGUCGACUAAAAUUCCCAAGGGGGUAUCAUCGAGUCUCCUAGAAAAGGCAGUUGAAAGCAUUUGCUCUGAAAGGUCCAAAUUCCCAACUUUAAGGUCGUGAUGUCCAAGGUUCAUGAUUGGCGCUUGUAACUGUCUGCCUCAUCUGCCUUCGUGUGUGGCUAUCUUAAAAUGUAUAUACGUAUCACACACAUCAGGAGUUUACGACUUAAAUGUUAUUCUUGGCAAGCGUUAAUUUACUAUCCAAACUGUCAUUAGUUAUUAUUGUAAAUAAAAGCUUCUAGAAAUUUCCAGACUGCUGGACAGAACAUUU